AUGAGUUUCGCAAUCGAGGUGCCAGGCGACGCCGCUCCGCUGUCCUUGGAGGAGCUGUGCCGCACUCUUCACGCGGCUACCACUGCUUCGGAUCACGUCCAGCGACAGGCUGCCGGCCAGCAGCUCACAACUUGGGAGUCACAGCCUGGCUACUAUUCUUCGCUACAGUCGGUGUUUCUAGACAAGUCCCUACCUCUCGAGAUUCGAUUUCUGGCAGUUAUACAGAUCAAGAAUGGUAUCGACAAGUGCUGGAGACUGCAUGCGCACUUGAAGAACGGAAUACCUGCCGAGGAGAAGAGCUUGAUCCGAUCGCGGUUGUUUCAGGGAUCGGUCGAGGAGGAGGAGAAGCACCUUGCUCUACACAAUGCCUUGGUCAUUGCUAAAAUAAUCCGGAUCGACUACCCCGACGACUGGCCCGAUGCGUUGCCCAGCAUCAUCGAUCUUUUACGGUCUACGAAAAACGCCAACCAGUAUCAUCUAUACGGCACACUGCUGGUUCUCCUGCGAGUCAUCAAGGAGAUGGGAAGUGCACGGCUUAGAAAGUCGCAAACAGCACUGCAGUCAGUUACGCCUGAGAUUGUAUACGUCUUGUCCGAGAUAUACUCUGAGAAGUCAUCAAUAUGGAUCAACUUUUUAAGCACCGGACAGGGAAACAGCGACGAAGCCAACUUGGCCAUGAUGAACAGCCUCUCAGCCUUGAAAACUCUCCGUCGCCUCAUCAGUGUCGGCUACGCGCGACCUCACACCGACAACUCAGUAAGCCAGUUCUGGACACUGUCGCAAAACCAGUUUGGUCAGUUUCUUGGCUUUAUCGACUCUGGUGUACCAGAACCAUACCAAGACCUGGUGGGGAAGCAUCUUCUCCAGUUCUCAAAGUUCCACAUCGACCAAGCCGAGCAUUUCGCUGCCAGCUUUGCUUUUCUGCCCAAUUCGCUGUCCCUCGUCAAUGCGUACUGGGACCUCAUUUCGAAAUUUGCUGAAGUUUUUGCUUCGUCUGGCGGUAUUCGCCAGGGCUCCGGCGAUGCGGGAGCCAAGAGCAAGACAGAAGGUCCUCUCAUGGAAAAGCUUGCCUUGAAGGGGCUGCUUCUUCUGCGUGCUUGUGUUAGGAUCGCGUUUUCACCAAUACAAACAUUCAAGUACCGAACGCAAGAGACAAAAGUCGAACAAGAGGAAGCAAAGAGCAUAGUAAGGACGGAGCUUUUCAAAGAUGACUUGGUAAUACAAAUGGUCAAUACCAUCAUCACCCACCUGUUUGUCUUCCGCAGGUCGGAUCUUGAGGCUUGGGAAGAAGAUCCCGAAGAUUGGGAACAGCAGGAGCAGCAUGAGGGUAGUGCAUAUGAAUGGGAAGUUCGGCCAUGCGCUGAGAAGCUGUUCUUGGAUCUGCUUACCAAUUUUAAGGAUCUUCUAGUGCCGCCGCUGCUAUCAUAUUUCCAUAAUGUACAGUCUCCUCAGACGGAUAUUGCUACAAAGGAGGCCGUUUAUACGGCCAUGGGUCUUUCAGCAGCGCACGUGGUCCACCAGCUUGACUUUGACGCAGUGCUGGCAUCGGCCAUUGUGAAUGAUGCCCAGCAACAAGGCGGUCUGUACAAGGUCCUGCGGCGACGUAUUGCCAUCUUGAUCAGUCUAUGGGCCCCAGUCAAGCUAGGGGACACCAGCCGGCCGAUUGUAUAUCAGAUUUUCCAGCAUUUCCUAUCUCCAGCCGACGAGACGAAUGACAUUGUGGUGAGGAUCACAGCGGCAAGGCAGCUCAGAUGGGUGGCCGACGAGAUUGACUUCAACGUCGACGCAUUUCUGCCCUACACUGCAGAUGUUCUCAACAACCUCAUAGACCUUGUACAGAACGUGGACAGCGACGAAACAAAGCUAGCUAUACUUGAGUCCAUCCGAAUCCUGGUGACGCGAAUGGAAGAGCAAGUAAGCCAGUUUGGAGACCAGCUCAUGGCUGCGCUGCCGUCUGUGUGGCAAAGCACAGGAACAGAAGAGUACAUGGUGAAGCAAGCGGUGAUUGCCAUUUUCUCGGCCUUGGUUAUGAGCAUGGGCCCCGAAUUUCAGCGCUAUCAGAAUUACAUGCUUCCCUUACUCGCUGAAGCUGCAAGGCAAGGUUCAGACUUGCAUUACAACCUCAUUGACGAGUCGUUGGAGCUCUUGAAUUCGAUUCUCAUGCAAUGCAAGCCUCCGCUGUCGCAGGAGAUAAUCAAUCUUGCCGAGAUGCUGCUCCCUCUUCUUGAGUAUCAGUCGGAAACAGUGUCACAAGCAUUAUCAGCUAUUGAAUCCUACGUUAUCAUCGCGCCCUCGGCGAUGCUAGAGGACACCCUGCGACGACCGAUGCUGACUGCGCUUAGCGGCACGCUGGAUUCCAAGAGCCGAGAGCAUGUCCGCAUAGGCACAACUUGCAUUGAGUACCUGAUUCGGUCGGCAGCGGAACUCGGAGGCGCGCAGGGAAUAUCAGUUCUAGUUGGAGACAUGCUAGAAAUAGGCUUCAUGAACAAGAUUCUGGUAAAUCUCCACGACGCGUGGGAGGCCCGUCAAACCACAGGGCCCAACAGAAAACAAAGCAAGCUAAACACGAUCACGCAAGGAGACUACUUUGCGAUUCUGGCCAGGAUCAUACUUGCUGAGCCGAACCUGUUUGUGCAAAUGCUGAGCACAUUUGGAAACAUUGGAGACGUGUGGAGCUGGCUGUCCGCGGAAUGGUUCGUAUACCAAUCGAGGAUGGACAACAUCGACCGCCAGAAGCUCUACGUCCUUGCUUUAACCCGUCUGCUCGAACUGAAUUCGCCAAUGCAGGAAUUAGUGUUGAGUAAGCUACAAGACUUUAUGGAUAUGUGGAUCAACGUCAUCAUGGAUCUACAAGACGGCGUGGCUGACGGCACGGAUUGUCUGAUUUGGGAGGCGGAAGUGGAGGAAUUUGAGUAUGAUGCUCCCAGGUUGCUCGUAGAGCGGGAGAGUCAGCAUAAAGAUCCGGUACAUUGCGUGAACGCGCUGCAGUUUGUAAAGGCUAGAUUACAGGACUUGGUUGCGCGCGUCGGAGGCCAAGAGGUUUUCCAUGCGAACUGGGCGGUGAAUGUCGAUAAGGAUGUCAUGGAUGCUUUCCAGAGGCUUAUGGAUGGCACAUUCAUAUCGCAGUGA